GCGUUUAAUUAGUUCCUCCGGUUUAUCUCAUGAUUAAAGCCCCCUUGACAUGAUGAUGCUGCUGAUGAUAAAGCCGGGAAAGGGAUGUUCCACUGGAAGAACGUCCUCCGCCGGCUACCCUCCUCCUCCUCCCUCCGGCCGUUGGAGGAGGACCCACGGACGGAAUAAUUUAGCAGCAAACCUUCCAUCCCUCUCUCUCUCUCUCUCUCUCUCUCUCUUCUUCCUCCUGACGGCUGCCCGCUCCAGCGUCCUGUUCCUGGCGCCCGCAGCUCGGAAAUCGAGAGGCCAUCUUCUUCCUUGGUUGCUCGGCCGCCGUGCUUUUCUGUCUCCCUGUUUCGCCGCAGCCGCUGUUCUUGGUGCGGCCUGAGAGAGAGAGACAGAGAGAGACGGCCGGCGGAUUUGGCCCCUCCGUUCUCGGCGUGUUCUUGGAUUGGAUUGGAAGAGAGAGGAGGAGGAGGAGGUUGAGAUAGAGAUCGCCAGAUCGGAAGGGAUAAAGGAUUGGCUGUUUCGAUCUCAUGGGGAACUGCAUGGGGGGGAGCCCCUACGUCAACAAGGUCUCCUCCAAUGCGAAGCCAGAGUCUCCUCCCAAGAUCCAGAGCCCGUCGGAGCGGGACCGGAGCGAGGACCGGAAGCUGCCGUCGAACCCCGGCGAGGUGGAGGCCCUGCGGCGCGGGGCGUCGGCGGCGGCGCGGAACCCGCUGGUGGCCUUCUCCUUCGCCGAGCUCCGGAAGGUUGCCAGCGACUUCCACAAGGACGCGCUCAUCGGCGGCGGUGGCUUCGGCCGCGUGUACAAGGGCUCCUUCGCGCCCGCCGGAGACGCCCCGACCCUCGCGGUCGCCGUCAAGGUGCACGACGGCGACAACAGCUUCCAGGGCCACCGGGAGUGGCUGGCAGAGGUGAUCUUCCUGGGCCAGCUCUCCCACCCGAACCUGGUGAAGCUGGUGGGCUACUGCUGCGAGGGCGAGCACCGCGUGCUGGUGUACGAGUACAUGGCCCUGGGCAGCGUGGAGUCCCACCUCUUCUCCCGCACGUCGCCGCCGCUGCCCUGGGCGGCGCGGAUGCGGAUCGCGCUGGGCGCGGCGCGCGGGCUCGCGUUCCUCCACGGCACCGAGCCCCGCCCCGUGAUCUACCGCGACUUCAAGACCUCCAACAUCCUCCUCGACGGCGGGUUCAACGCCAAGCUCUCCGACUUCGGGCUCGCCAAGGACGGGCCGGUGGGGGAGCAGUCGCACGUGUCGACGAGGGUGAUGGGGACCUACGGGUACGCGGCGCCGGAGUACAUGAUGACGGGCCACCUCACGGCGUCCAGCGACGUGUACAGCUACGGGGUGGUGCUGCUGGAGCUCAUCACGGGGAGGCGGUCGCUGGACCGGUCGCGCCCGCCGAGGGAGCAGGCGCUCACCGACUGGGCGCUCCCGGCGCUGCCGCACAAGAAGCGGGUGAUGGGGAUCGUGGACCCGAGGCUGAUGCUGGGUGGGGGUGGGGAGGGCGACGACGGCGGCGCGCCGCCGGCACGGGCCGUGCAGAAGGCCGCCAUGCUCGCGUACCACUGCCUCAACCGCAACCCCAAGGCGCGGCCGCUCAUGCGCGACGUCGUGGCGUCGCUGGAGCCGCUGCAGCAGCCGCCCGAGGAGCCCGACGCCGCAAUCGCAAGGUGAGGUGCCCAGGGCCCAGGCUUGCUUGUGCAAGGCGCUGAGGUGCUCGACCGGUGGCCGUGGCCGGCGAUGUCCUGUCCGUGGAAGCGGAGGCGGAUCGACGAUGUGAUGUGACGAAUGUAUCAUACGGUCGGUGUAGCUCCUGGUGAUGGGCAGGUCCAGUUGUUGACGUGGGACGGGACCGGCUGUACACUUGUAGGUGCUGAAGCUCGAGCACGGCUGGUACGCCAUUGUCUGUACACAUGUAAAUCCGGAGCUUCUGCAUUACACCUCUUGGAGCCUC